AUGAAGGAGACACACGCAGAGACAAGCCCAGGAGAUAAAAUAUUCUCACCAAAAGUAGAUGAAUCCCUGUACUCAAGGCAAAUAUACGUAAUGGGAAAUGAAGCCAUGAAGAGAAUGCUUUCAUCACACGUACUCGUGCUGGGACUAUGCAAUGCAGGCCUAGAGAUAGUCAAAAACAUCUCACUGGCAGGGAUAAAGACCAUCUCAAUAUACGACCCAGUCGCAUUAAAGGCAGAGCACCUGAGUACGCUAUUCUACUGCACUGAGUCAGACAUAGGAGACAGAAUAGAUAAAAGUGCCGAGUAUAAGCUGAAGGAGUUAAACACACACGUAAAGAUAGAAGUACUUGAAAGCGUACCUGAAGAUAUUCGGGUGUACAGUGCUGUUGUAGUGAAUGAUAAAUCAGUACCUGACCAGGUUCGUAUAAACGACCAGUGCCGGGUCCAUAACAUUCCAUUUAUAUCUGUACAGUGCCGGGGACUGUUCUUCCAAGUGUUCUGUGACUUUGGUGAUGGGUUCAUUACCUCUGACACGAACGGGGAGGCACCUUAUACAGGCACCAUUAAGUGCGUUACACCCACUGGGAUGGUCAGUCUAGUAGAGGAGGAGAGGCACUCCCUAGAGGACGGGGAUGAGAUAGAAAUAAAAUCAGUCAGUGCCAGGUAUACGGUAACCGACACAAAGGCAUUCACAUUUUCACUGUGCGGGUAUUCAGGAGAGGACUUGUCCGGGAUGUCAUUCGACCAGAUCAAGAAGAAGAAGGUUAUCUCAUGCAAGUCAUUAAAGGACUCCGUCGCACACCCUGUGAUACAAACAGAAGGCAGGGAAGCGAGUGUACUUCACAAGUGUUUUAUGUACGAGCAUGUCUCACAGGGAAUGGAUGCGUACUUACAGGCACACCCCACGGAGAUAGAAGACAUCCCUGUGGUAGAGGAGUACUUCAGGGCACCUGCCAUAACAAUAGCACCAAUUGCAUCAGUUGCCGGUGGGAUAGCUGCACAUGAAGUGCUUAAAGCAUGCAGUGGUAAAUUCACACCAAUCCAUCAGUUCAUGUACUUCCACGCCAUGGAGUUACUGAAUGCCCUGCGGAAACCAAAUACGCCCGGAUCGGACAAGGGGAGGAGUCCUCCACGUGAAGGGCCAUCACACGGAGAGGACCGUACAAGCACAGGUGCCCAGGAUAAUAAAUCUGUAAAUCCAUCAAGUGGAUCGGUGGGGGACAGUCCGUCCGUGCGGUAUACGCCACUUGAACAAAUAUUUGGCGAGGAGGCCCUGUAUAAGAUACAGAGUGCCGGCGUAUUUAUAGUGGGGGCAGGUGCGAUCGGGUGUGAGCACAUUAAGAAUAUUUCGAUGCUCGGCAUGGGCCGAUUGGGGACACGUGUCAUUACGGACAUGGAUGCGAUCGAGAAGUCAAACCUGAACAGGCAGUUCUUAUUCCGUGCCCAUGACAUAUCCGCAAUGAAAUCGGUAGUGGCUGCACGGGAAGGUGACGCACUGAACCCAGGUGCCCCUCAGAACAUACAAGCGUACACGACCCGUGUGGGGAAGGAGGCCGAGCACCUUUUUAAUGAUGAGUUCUUCGGGCGUAUAGACCUCGUCCUGAACGCCCUGGAUAAUGUAGAUGCCAGGCUGUACAUGGACAACAGGGCAGUGUACCACAGAGUGCCCGUUAUAGAUGCAGGUACGCUUGGGUCAAAGGGGCACACACAGACGAUCAUCCCGUAUAUAACAGAGCAUUACGGUAAUAGUAAUGACCCACAGGAGAAGUCGAUCCCUUUAUGUACGAUCAGGAACUUCCCGUACCUCCCUGUGCACUGCGUCGAAUGGGCCCUUGCUGAUUUUAAGGCACUUUUCUACGAGCGGAUCCUUGAGGGCAAAGAGGCCCUUAGUACACUCGGUGUAGAACCCCUCGCAGAGUCCAUGCAGACCCUUUUGUUCAGUGCCCCACGGACUCCUUCUGAUGCAGUAAAAGAAGCCGUGCGCUUAUUCCAGGAGCGGUUCACUGAGGGCCCUGAGAAACUCUGUGACUCCUUCCCUAGGGACCAUGUGACUGAGGAGGGCACGCCCUUCUGGGUCCCUCCAAAGAGGAUGCCAGUCCCAGAGACCCUUUCAUUCACUGAUCCAUUACACGCGGGGUAUUUAAGGAGCACGUACUACUUGAUAUGCCGCACACUCGGUGUACCGGGUGACGUACCCUAUGACGAUGCCCUGCAGAUGUACCAGCACCCAGAGACGUCCCCCACCGCACGCACUCCACCACAGGACUCAGACAGACCCACCGUCACCCUCACAGAGGAGGAGUUUGAGAAGGACUCGGCCACUAAUUCGCACGUGGAGUACGUCGCAUUCGCAUCGAAUAUUCGUGCCAGGGUGUACGGGAUACCUUCAUUAGAUGUCCUUGAAGUGAAGAGAAUAUCCGGCCGGAUCAUCCCAGCAAUUGCCACGACCACUUCAGUCGUCUCUGGCCUGGCUGUCCUUGAGGGGAUAAAGUACUUAGUCACUAAACCCACGGGUACGCCCGGUGAGUCGGCGGGUGAGUCACCGGUGAUUCUAUUUUCAGGAACAGUUUCGUGUCCCUGGCACUUUCUGUGCUCAUGCAGAGCGAGCCGAUCCCUCCGUAUAAGGAGAAGGUCGCCCUGCCAAAUAAAGAAAUAUUCGUGAGUCCGUGGGAUUUAGUGGAAGUACGGGACAUUCCCCUGUCAGAGAUAAUGCAUAAAUUAGGGGCGGAGUGGGGUGUAGAUAUACACACUGUAAUGAGCGACUUAACUGUCCUGUACUGUUCCUUUUAUAAUGCAGCCAAGUUCAAGGAGAACCUUUCUAAAACCCCUUCAGAGAUUCUUUAUCCGAUGGGUGUUCCUGUGGGUGUCCGCUCUGCCAGGAUCGACAUGGUCGUGGAGGGUGAGGACGGGGACGACCUUCCCGUUCCGUUUGUUAAAGUGAUUUUCGCUGUGGGUGAAAAUACGGCACAGGAAUAAAUAACCCGAUA